AUGGCCAACAAUGGCACUGACACUGGUGCGCCACCUCGCCCAUCAGGACCCCCGCCGCCCCCGCCUGGGAUAGACGCCCCUCAGAGCGGCGACAUGGACCUGCACCAUGACAUCGCGCGUGACAUCGGCCAGCAGGUGGAAGUCAUGAUCCUUGACGCGAAGCACGCGUCCGAGACCAAAGUGGGCAAGGAGAUCUCAAAGAUCAAGGGCAAGAUGGAGGCCAUGGCUGAGAAAAUAAAGAUGAUCAAUGAACGCGUUGCCGCUGUUGAACCGGGCCGCAGUGGCCUGCUUAAGUCGGACCUCCAAUCGAGCAUUGCCAAGCUUGAGGAAGUUUGGGAGGGCGAG